ACCUCAGCUGCACCGCAGUUUGUGGUCCGUCCGCGCGACCAGAUCGUGGCCCUGGGGCACAUGGCCACCUUCGCCUGCGAGACCAAGGGGAACCCCCAGCCCACUGUCUUCUGGCAAAAGGACGGGAGCCAGAAUCUCCUGUUUCCCAGCAUGCCCCAGCAGACAGACAGCCGCUUCUCUGUGUCCCCCAGUGGGGAGCUCACCAUCGCAGCUGUGCAACGCGCCGACACCGGCUACUAUGUCUGCCAAGCCCUGACGGUGGCUGGCAGCAUCAUGGCCAAGGCACAGCUGGAGGUCACUGAUGCAAUGACAGACAGACCGCCGCCCAUCAUCCGGCAGGGCCCGGCCAAUCAGACGCUAGGUGUCGACGAGGUGGCACUGCUGCGGUGCCAAGCUUCGGGGGACCCUUCGCCUGCCAUCAGCUGGCUGAAGGAUGGCAUCAGCCUGCCCGGUCACGACCCUCGCCUGUCCCUGGUGGAGCUGGGCAGCCUACAGAUCCACAGCACUAAGCUGACUGACUCAGGGAUGUAUACCUGUGUGGCUGGCAGCUCUACUGGGGAGACCACAUGGAGCGCAUUCCUGGAAGUGAGAGAAUCUGGUGGGACCACUUCUUCCGUUCCCUAUGAUGCCAGCGAGCUCCCUGGGCCCCCGUCCAAGCCGCAGGUCACCGAUGUCACCAGGAGCAGCGUGUCGCUGUCGUGGCAACCAGGGGCAGCGGGAGCGUCGGCCAUCUCACUAUACAUCAUCGAAGCGUUUAGCCAGUCGGUGAGUAACAGCUGGCAGACGGUGGCGGAGCGUGUCAGGGCCACACAGCACACAGUGCGUGGCCUGAGACCCAACACCAUAUACCUGUUCAUCGUUCGUGCUGCCAGCGCCCGGGGUCUGGGGGACCCCAGUCCCGUGUCCCAGCCAGUCCGCACGCAGGACCCAAGCCCCCCUGCACAAGGUGUGGACCACCGGCAAGUGCAGAAGGAGCUGGGAGAGGUGGUCAUUCAUUUACAUGACCCCCAGGUCGUCAGCGCUACUGCCAUCCAGGUUACAUGGACGGUGGACCAGCAGACGCGUUUCAUUCAGGGCUACCGUGUCCUAUACCGCCAGGCCUCGGGCCUACCAGCCCCCGGGCCCUGGCAGGGCCAGGAUGUGACCCCGCCCUCUGAGCGCAGUGUGGUGCUCUCCGGUCUCAGGAAGGGCGUGGUCUAUGACAUCAAGGCCCGUCCCUACUUCAAUGACUUCCAGGGGGCCGACAGCGAGUCUAAGACUGGCCGCACUGCGGAGGAAGCCCCCAGCGCUCCUCCUCAGCAGGUGACCGUCGUCACCCUGGGGAGCCACAACAGCACUUCCAUCAGCAUCUCCUGGGACCCCCCGCCCGCCGACCACCAGAACGGCAUCAUCCAGGAGUACAAGAUCUGGUGUCUGGCGAACGAGACGCGUUUCCACGUGAACAAGACUGUGGAUGCUGCCAUCCGCUCAGUAGUGCUGGGGGGGCUGCAGCCAGGGGUGCAGUAUCGCGUGGAAGUGGCUGCUACCACCAGCGCCGGCGUGGGGGUGCGGAGUGAACCGCGACCAGUCCUCAUAGGUAAAGACUCCAAAGAGGUGGUGCCUGGUGGGGAGGAGAAGAGCAGCCUCUCGGACGUGGUAAAGCAGCCAGCCUUCAUCGCUGGCAUUGGGGGCGCCUGCUGGAUUGUGCUCAUGGGCUUCAGCACCUGGCUUUAUUGGAGGAGGAAGAAGAGGAAGGGCCUGAGUAACUAUGCAGUUCAGUCCUUCACCUUCACCCGUGCAGUGACAUUCCAGCGAGGGGAGAGAGGCCUGAUGGGUGGCGGAAGCCGGCCUGGCCUGCUGAAAGCUGGCAGCCCUGCUUUUCCUUGGCUGGCGGACUCCUGGCCCACUUCCAGCCUGCCUGUGACCGGCGGUGCCGGGGGUCCCGGCGAUUCUGGAAACUACGGCCGUGGGGACCUUCUGCCUGUUGGCCAGGGUGAGAAGACGAGCACCAUGCUGUCUGAUGGCGCCAUCUACAGCAGCAUAGACUUCAGCAGCAAGCCGGCCUUCGGUAGCCAAGCCACACCCUACGCCACAGCACACAUCCUGCAAUCCAGCAGCUUCCACCAGCUGUCCGUGGAGGUGCCCGAUCCUCGCUGGAAGGCCCCUCCUCUAGCCCGGCCGGACGCUUCCACUUUGGGCUAUGCACUGGGCGAUCCCCACUCCUGCAACAGCACACUCCUUUUCAUUCCCGACAACCGAUUGGCCGAUGGAUUGUCUAGUAGAAUCCCUCACAACCAAUCACAAGAUUUCAGCAGCAGCAGCUCCCACAACAGCUCAGAGCGCACUCUCUCAGGUGGGAAGGGGGGGAAGAAGAAGAGGACCAAGGGUGGGAACAAGACCCCGAAGAGCAAUGGGUCGUGCUGGGCUAACAUUCCCCUGCCCCCGCCGCCCAUGCAGCCUCUGCCCGGCACUGAGAUGGAGCACUAUGCCCAGGGGCCCGAGGGGCCAGGGUACACGGGUGACAGCCUGCACCGGCCCCUUCCUCAGCAGGCGUACCUGCACCAGGGACCGGAAGAUGAGCUGGAGGAGGAGCGAGUCCCGACCCCGCCCAUCAGGGGCGUGGCCUCCUCCCCGGCGCCAGUGACGCUGAGUCCCUCCACCAGUGAAGAAAUGCACUCAGCGCUGCAGGCACACUUGGACGAGCUGACACGCGCCUACCAGUUGGACGUGGCCCGGCAUGCAUGGCAGCUGCAGACCAGCCAAAACCCCCCCCACACUCCCGCUCCACCGGUCGGCUAUGUAUCCGGGGCCCUAGCUUCCGACCUGGAGAGCGACAUCCUGGAUGAGGACGAGGAGGAUGAGGACGACGAAGAGGAGGAAGAGGAGGAUGAGGCAGAGCGCAAUGGCUAUGAGCUGUCCAACCGACUCUGCGGCAUUGAGCCUGGGCUCAGUGUGAACCACCUGGAUGGCUCCUUCACAGGGAAAGGUUUCGCACAUCACCCACAACCAGGCAGUCCCCCCCUCGUAGAUGGCACUAUGAUGGGAUCCCGCAGUCUUGGCCACCAGAGGGAGCCACAGUAUGCCCUGAAAAACAGAGCUGGGCGGCCGGAGUAUUGUGGAACGGAACCACACCGACGGGACAUGGGUGCAGGCGAUGAGAGUCUUCAUCCAUACUGCCCGCCUGGCUUCCUGGGUCCUGCCAGCUCUGUGAGCCGAGGAACCCGCCAACGCGCUGGCCCGGAUGCCUUAGGGGCGGGCCUCCAGGGAGCCAAUGAGGAGCUUCAGCACUUCCGGGAUCUCUCUUCCCUUGUCGUCUGUCCUGCAGAGCGGCACCACGGCAAUAACACCAACCAAAUCGUCACUGCCAGGACUUCUCGUCGCGAGAGGGAACUCUGGCAAUCAGCUUAUUGAUGGAACACUGACCGAAGACAUAACGGAGGAAAUGAAGGACAAGAACUGGGCAGCCCAGUACAGGGAGGUGUGUGGCAGCUGCACAUGUCAUGUAAAGACGCACGGACACACCACUCACAACAUGAACUAAAUGUUAUUUUUCUGUCCUCCUUAUGAGAACUCCUGGUCCUUUUGGGACAAGUCAAUCUGUAAACGAGGGAAAUCUGUAGACAAGGGAAAGGAAGAAGGGAAAAGAUCUGCCAUUGUCCCUUGAGGACAGAAGAGAUUUUGUUUCUGUAAAUAUUUUUUAAUUUGUUGUUGCAUCGCUAUGCAAGCAAGUCUCCCUUUUUUAACACGCGAUUUUGUUUCUGAAUGGUUAUUUGUACUGUGUAACCUGUUGAUGGGCCGUGGUGAAACACUCCUGUACUUUAUGUUCCUGUUCUUAAUUUAAUUAUGGAAAAUUUAUUAUUAUCAUAAUUAUUAUGAACAA